AUGCCGCCGAAAAGGAAGCUGAAGCAAGAGCCCGCUGAUGAAACUGCAGAGCUGUUAGAGGUCAAUGGCACUGCUACGAACGGCGUGAAUGGCGAUGCAGCAGCGCCCACCAAGAAGCGACGCACGAAGAAGGAAUCGAUCGAAGCGACAGUGACAGAAGAACAACCAGCCGCAACGCCAAAACGAUCGCGUGCUACGAAGGUGAAAGUGGAAGUCGAAGAAGAGGAAGAAGCAGUAGAAGGCGCAGCGCCGAGUCUUCCCAAGCGGAAGCGCAAGGUCAAGGAGGAAAUCAAGCAAGAGGAGGAAGUCGAUGGGAACGGGGAAGUCGUUGAGAAGACAGCCAAGAAGAAACGGAAGACGAAGGAAGAGAGGGACGCAGAGAUGAUACCAUUGGCGAGCAGAACACUCGGACACAGGCUCUUCAUCGGGGCACAUGUUAGUGCUGCUGGAGGCGUCCAUAAUGCCAUCGCCAACAGCGUCCACAUCGGCGCCAACGCCUUUGCCCUCUUCCUCAAGUCCCAACGCAAGUGGGCUAACCCACCCCUUCUGGAGGACGUAGCAUCCUCUUUCCACGAGAAGUGCGGUCAUCAUUCCUAUACUCAAUCUCAACAUGUAGUGCCUCAUGGGUCCUAUCUCGUCAAUCUGGCGCAUACGGACAAGGCCCGCACGGCUCAAGCCUACGACUCCUACCUCGAUGACUUGAAACGAUGCGAAGCAUUGGGGAUAAAGCUGUACAAUAUCCAUCCGGGCAAUACUGCCGGGAACGAUAGAGCUGUGGCGAUACAGCACCUCGCCUCGAACAUCAAUCGAGCCCAUCAAGAGACAAAGAGCGUAAUCACACUCCUCGAGAACAUGGCAGCAGACAACAACACCAUCGGCACAACCUUCGAAGACUUACGGGACAUAAUCUCUCACGUCGAAAACAAAGAGAGGAUAGGUGUCUGCAUCGACACCUGCCACGCCUUCGCCGCAGGCUACGACCUCAGAACACCCGAAACCUUCAAAUCCACCUUUGAUCAAUUCUCCUCCAUCGUCGGAUUUCAGUACCUUCGCGCCCUACACAUCAACGACUCCAAAGCGCCCCUCUCCUCCCACCGCGACUUGCACGCAAAUAUAGGAACCGGCUUCCUCGGCCUCCGCGCUUUCCACAACCUCGUCAAUGAUCCACGAUUUGAGGGAUUACCGCUUGUGUUAGAGACCCCGAUCGAAGUGCGAGACGAUGAGGGGAACCUGGUGAAAGAUGAGAAAGGGAAGGAGAAAGAAGAUAAGGGCAUUUGGGCGAGGGAGAUUAAGAUGCUCGAGGGGAUGGUGGGGAUGGAUGUGGAGGGGGAGGAAUUUUUGAAAAUGGAGGCUGAGUUGAGUAGGAAGGGGGAGCCGGAACGGAAGAGGGUCAUGGAGCAGGUUGAGAAGAAGAAGGAGAAGGAUUCUAAGAAGGCUGAGAAGGGGAGUAAGAAAGCUGGACAGACAAAGGGGAAGCGGAAGGGGAAGGUGGAGGAGAGUGAGAGCGAGUUGAGCGAUGAGGAGGUGUAG